CCAUCAGCUGAUGCCUGAUGCAAUAGUGAAAAGGGUUGGUCACAAUUUACACACCAGCUCUGUUAUCUGUAACGCUUAUUAGCUUCUUCUUUUUUCUUCACGAGCUUCGUUUUUGAUGAUGGUCGGUCUCGGUCACGUUUUAAUUCAUGGAUGAGAUUUGUUUGGAUCCAGGAGUUUCUUCUAUUUAUAUAAUUUUGUUAAUUCUCAUCAUAUGAUUAUACUAACAAUCGAGAUUAAUCACCCAAAACAUAGUUGUAUAGCUAAUUUAGGACACAAUGUCUUCUUCACUUAUGAUGUGUUGUUGUUUACUUCUGUUGUUUAGUUUGUUGUCUGAAGGUAGAGAGAUUCUGGUGGGAGGCAAGUCUAACACUUGGAGCUGGAAAGUUCCUGAAUCUACAGAGGAAACACUAAACCAAUGGUCAGAGAGAACAAGAUUCAAAAUUGGAGAUACUCUUUUAUGGAAAUACAAUGCGGAGAAUGAUUCAGUAUUGCAAGUGAAGGAAAAAGAUUACGAAAGGUGUGACAGAUCAGAGCCAAUGAGAGGAUACAAAGAUGGUCACACGAAGAUAGAGCUGAAUAGGCCAGGUCCUUUUUAUUUCAUAAGUGGGGAAGAAGGACAUUGCCAAAGAGGAGAGAAGCUUCGUGUCGUCGUCUUGUCUCCAAACCACAACAGAAGCGUUGUUGAUGCUCCUGCUCCUGCUCCUGUGAACGUCGUAUUGUCUCCAAAUUACAACAGAAGCAACGUUGAUGCGGGUGCUCCUUUAAACGCUCAUAUCACAAACAAGGGAAACCUGAACAGAGCAUGGAGUUUGCUUCUUCUUCUUCUCCCAUUAGGCCUUUUGGUUUAGUCUUGUUACCUCUUCUUAGCCAAUUCGGUUUGUAUGUUCCGGUUUAUUUGUAUUUUGGUUUUGUUUUUUUUUUUUUUUUUUUUUUAUGAAGUACCCUAAGUCAUGAUGUUUUAAUAGUAAAACUGAGUCAUGCAUGUUUAAUACAAUGUUUGAUUUGAUUUUUGUU